UCAAUCAGUCGUUCGGAAUUCGCGAAACUAUGCGGUCGCCGUACGAAGAUAGUGCUGCCGUGUCUACGGAUAACAAGUAUCACACCAGCUACAGCUAUAAUAGCCACACGAAUAAUAAUAACAAUAAUUACCAUAAAAACUUUAAUGGCAACGGCAAUGGGAUACCCUAUCACGCGCGCGAAAAUUCAUUGCCCUUUAGCUAUGGCAAUGCCAAAACGGCGACGCCGCUGCGCAAAACGCCAACGCCAACGCGCGCCGAUAGUUUUCUCGACUUUGAUUUUGGCUUAAGCAGCAACAGCAACAGCAGCAAUAAUUAUAACAAUCAUAAUAAUAAUAAUAAUAAUAAUAACGAUAGCAGUAGUGGGAGUGAUAUGAUAAAGCCGCAGCCACGUUUAACGAGCCCUUUGCUGGUGCGCAAAACACUCGGCAGCCGUGUGAAUACGAAUACAAAUACAAAUGGCAAUACGAAUGGCUCGAAAAUGAAUGCGAAUACGAAUACGAAUACCAUAUCGAAUACCUAUCAUUAUGGGUCAGCGGCGAGUGUGACACCGCCGCGCGUCGACUUCGAGCAGCAGCUGCGCGAGCGGCGCGACAAAGUCUACAACGAGUAUCGGGAACGUGAAAAGGAGCGUGAAUUGGAACGUGAGUUGGAACGUGCUGCGGCACGUGUCCCGCCCACGCCGCCGCUGCGACGCCAAAGCAACGGGCUGAGUCACAGUAAAUACAAUUAUGAUUUUGAGUUCAAUUUAAAUUUGGAUGAUAUCAACGAACGCAGCUCGCUGCCAGCGCCAGCGCCAGCGCCAUAUAAUACACGGAAUAUUGAGUAUCGGCAGGAUAUGGAUGUGCCGGAUGGUGCGAUCAGCGGCAAUAGUCGGCGCUUGGAGUCCACAAUUGUGGAACGCAAUUAUCACACAAUUAACCGAAGCAGCCACAACAACAACAACAACUACAACAACAGCAGCAGCAGCAGCAGCAACAACAACCACUACCACAGCUUGGAACGACCUCCAAUGGAAGUGACAUACAAACAGCUAGUGGAGCCACAGAUGGAGCAGCAGGCGCACAUUUAUGGCCAGAACCAGCUGCAUCUGGAGACGCACACGCGAAACCGUCGCGAUUUGUCGCCCAUUUAUGCCAUCAGCACAAAACGCAACACGGCUGCACCUGCUCCAAAUAGCAAUGGACAGCAGCAGCAGCAGCAGCAGCAGGCGGAUUACCUGUUAACGCCCAGUCCCACUAGCCGGCCAGAGACGCCCGCUUUUCCGGUCACGCCGCGCACACCGUUCGGCAGCAGCACCUUGCAGCGCGCCUCGCCCACCACCGAGUCCAUAUACCAGACGAUGGCAUCUGCCCGGCAGCGUCUCAAUUCAGCGCCAUCGCCAUCGCCCACCUUUGAGGUGGCGGCAGAUUUGGUGAAAUUUGCCCGUAACUCGGCCAAAUUCUGGUAUAAGCCCAUGCUCUCGCGGGAGGAUGCAAUUGCGCUGUUGAUGAAUGCACCGCCGGGCACUUUUCUGGUGCGUGAUUCCACCACCUAUGCGAAUGCGUACGGUUUGGUCUUGCGCGUGGCUCAGCCGCCGGCGGGCAGCCAUGAGCUGGUGCGUCAUUUUCUCAUUGAGCCCACGCAGCGUGGCGUCCAUUUGAAGGGCUGCGACAAUGAGCCCACGUUUACCUCGCUCUCGGCCCUCAUCUAUGAGCAUUCCAUUAAUAAGCUGGCCCUGCCCUGCCUGCUGCUCAUACCCGAGGCGGAUGUGGUGCCCGGAUUGGCGUCCACAACGGCGGCACAGCAGCAGCUGCUCACCCACGGUGCGGCGACCAAUGUGCUGUGGCUCUACAGCUGCGAUACGGAAUCGCUAACCGGGAACGAGGCCAUACGCAAGGCCAUACGGCUGAUGUACGCACAGAAGCCGCUGCCGACGCCGACGGAGGUGCACUUCAAGGUCACCGGCCAGGGCAUCACACUGACGGACAACACACGCAAGAAGUUCUUCCGGAAACACUAUACGGCCGAUGUGAUCUCGCACUGUGCCAUCGAUCCGGAGAAUCGCAUGUGGAGCAACAAUCCCAACGAAUCCGACAAGAAGACCAUAUUCGCCUUUGUGGCGCGCAGAUCGCACAGCUCCAAGGAUAACCAGUGUCACGUAUUCUGCGAUCUAUCUGUCGCCCAGCCGGCGGCGGCCAUUGUCUCCUUUGCCAAUCGCACGCUGCCCACCGAGAAGCAGCGCAACUACGUGCUUUGAGGAGCGGCCGGACAUGGAAUGCGCCACCGAAAGGCACAGAAGGCGACUUACCGUUAAGUCUGUACAGUGUUGUACAGCGCACAUAAAU